AUGUGCGCCGAUAUGCCUAAAUCAAAUACAGCAAGAAUAGCUGAAGUCCAGCGACAGCGUCAAAAAAAUUCCAAAAAAAGUGAAAAGUAUGGCUCCAGCACUAUUUAUCUCCAGGUUUUGGGUUCUGGAGCCCGAGGGGCACCUAAUACUUUAUAUCUCUUCACAGAUCAGAAACGGUAUAUGUUUAACUGUGGUGAAUGCACUCAACGCCUUGCUCAUGAGCACAAAGUUAAAUUAUCUAAAUUGGACCACAUUUUUAUCACAAGCAAGACAUGGAAGAAUUUAGGUGGUCUACCCGGUCUUUCUCUUACAUUACAAGAUGUUGGUAUUCCAAAUAUCACAUUACAUGGACCAGAGGGAUUGGAUGAAUUAUACAACGCGACAAAAAGAUUUGUAAUAAUGAAGGACUUGAAUGUCACAAUGGCUAAAUGUGACCCCAGUGAAGACUUUGAAGAUAAUGUUCUAUCAGUCAAAUAUGUUAUACUUGGUCCUCAGCAGCACCUAUUACCAUCUGAACUAAAACCAGUAGCUAAGAAACCCAAGCUAGAGACACCGCCAGAUGAGCAUGACCAGGAAUUUGAAGAGUUCAUUCACGACGACACAGAUUAUUAUACUCGCGAGACAGAUAAAAACAAAAGUAAAAACAGAUCCAAAGUGAACAUUGAUAAAGAUCCACUACCAAAAGAAAAGAAGAGAACGGACAAGGUACUGCACAAUUCACUGAAACCCAAUAACUACAGUGUGGCAUAUAUUUGUACAUUGAAGAAACGUCUAGGUACUCUCGAUUUAGAAAAAUGUGUGGAGUUAGGUGUUAAACCUGGUCCAAUGUUAGGGCAGCUAAAAAAUGGACACGAUGUUGUACUCCCAAAUGGGACCCUCGUUUUAUCCAAGGAUGUGAAGACCCCAGAUGACCCAGGACCUGUAUUUAUUGUAUUAGAAUUACCAGACAUCAAAUGGCUGAAGGAGGAUGAGUUUGCAGCUCAUUUUGACAAUGGCUCCAAUCCAAGCGAGAACAUACCGAUUGUCAUUGUCCAUUAUACUCCACCACAUGUCUUUCACCAUCCUACGUACCAAUCUUUCAUGUCUAUGUUUGGACCCACAACCCAACAUCUCAUUCUCAAUGGUCAAAACUCUUGCCUCGGAUCUGAAGCAGUCCAUAAAACCCAGCAUAUGCUUCACCUUCUGGAUCCAGAUAUAUUUCCUCUGUUGAAGGAUUUAAGUGUCCCAGCUGUGUGGAAUGCUCACCCACCAUUACCAAAAACCAGCAGCCCCGUACGACUUAAAGGAUUGGAAGAAUUAAAAAAUAAGAUUGCCGUGGCGCAGUUCCAGACUAUAAUUAAUAUGGAGGGCUCUGGGGCGGAGCAAGGGGAGGGUGAGCCGUCUCCAGAAGCGGCACGGCUCAACUGGAUGGCCGCUAAGACCCUCACAAUGUUCCACUUGCGGCCUAAGAGGGAAUUAGAUAGGUCAGCAGAACCCAAGCUUCACAUCCAGGACUACAUCCAAGAGACGAUGGAUGUGGAUGGAUUCGUUCCUAGCCUGGAGCAAUUUCGGCGUCUCGUGGACACAAUGCGCUACAGCAAGAGUGAUGCCAGGGAGUACCCAAAGGUGGUAUUCCUUGGUACGGGGUCUUGUAUACCCAGCAAGACAAGGAACACUAGUGGAAUUGUGCUUCAGAUUGAUGAAAACCGUUCGAUGCUGUUAGAUUGCGGCGAAGGUACAUUCAAUCAACUGGUGAGAUUCUAUGGUCCGAAGCGAGUGAAUGUCUUCCUUAGAUCUCUAAAGGCUAUAUAUGUGUCUCAUUUGCAUGCUGAUCAUCAUAUAGGAUUAAUAGGCGUUUUGCAAGCUCGAAAGGAGGCCUUAGAAGAAAUACAGAAUGAUGGCACUGCAUUGCCCCUGUACUUGCUGGCUCCAGGUCAAAUAGUGACUUGGCUUGCAAAGUACGAUCAGCAAUUUGAGUGCAUUCGAAAUGAAUUUACACUUAUACCUAAUCAGAAUUUGCUGGAAUCGAAACUCGCGGAUCCUUCUAACACAGAUCUGACGUCAGCGGUUCUCGCCAGCAUGGGAGUGGAGAAGAUAGUCGCGUGCCAAGUGGCGCAUUGUCCCAACGCCUUUGGUAUAGCUGUGCAAGUAGACGGGUCCCAUAAGGUCACUUAUUCAGGCGAUACUAUACCUUGCGAUGAGCUGGCAAAGAUUGGAAUAAACUCGACACUCUUAAUCCACGAAGCGACCAUGGAGGAUGAACUGGCCAGCGAGGCGAGGACCAAAAUGCAUUCCACUACAUCACAAGCGAUUGAUAUGGGAAGGAAGAUGAAUGCAAGAUACACAGUACUGACUCAUUUUAGUCAGCGGUAUGCGCGCUUGCCGAGGCUCAACGCGCAUAUAUUAAACGAUAAUAAGAGUGUGGGCAUAGCUUUUGAUAAUAUGCAGAUAACGAUGAGUGACCUAGAUUUACUCCCACACAUGUACGCCCCGCUACAGCUGAUGUUUGCCGAACACUGCGUCGAAUUAGAACUCAAAGCGGCGCACAGAGCUCGGCAAAAGGAAAUACGCAAAACAUCACACGGAACUAUACCUACUUCCGGAACAUCAAGUAAAAGCCUAGCUCACGAUUCGCCCUCUGAAGAGAAAGCGAGAUAUAGGGAGAGUCACGCAUCUCGACUUAGAAGAGAAAGCAAGUUCGCAGCAUUAAGCGAUACGAGUAAUUCGUCACGAAGUAAGUCCUGCUCUCCACCACGUCGAGUGCCACCGAAGCUAUCCAAUAGGUCUACAAGCGCGCCGUCGAAAAUUCCGAAGAGGUGUGUUGAGAAGACUAAAGUUGAUCCGAAACCUGUUUCUGGACGAGACGUUAACGGGCGUUCUAAAAGCUUAGGAUGCCCCGGCCAUAGUUCUACGAAAACUGCCGAUGUGCUAUUGCCCGAGGUCAAACAGGACAAAACUGUUAGACACGACACUAGCGAAGACACUAUUAUAUUAUCAGAUGGAGAAUCGUCUAGUGGUUAUGGGAAACCUCUCGUCACUCCUAUGAACAAAAGGCUCAUGAUUAAGCGAAAUGUUCGUCCCGUCUCUUCCAUAGUUCCAGGCAAUAAGACUACAGCCAAAACUGUGUACCGUUCUCGGUCGCCAAUAUCAUCGUGGAAAGAUAUAUCCGUGUCGAUGUGGUCGAUAACGUCUCUAUUAAUAUUUUUUCAAGCGGAGAAUAGACCAACACCAAAAACUUCGACGCCCCGUGAUUUGAGCAAUAUAAGUGUUUUACCCAAUAAGACAACGGCCUCGAGGGAGAAGCCUCGUGGCUCUUCCGGGCCAAACUCGAGGAUGGAGGGUAGAAAUAUACCUAUCAUUGCUUUUAAUACAGCUGUAAGAUCACCUUCACCUGGCUUAAAAACUGGUUCGUUGCCCGUUAAACCAAUUAAUACUUCUAAAUAUAAUAAAACUCCAAAACGAACAAGGAGUUAUACAUGCCAAAAUCCAAAUACAAUAAACUGUCCUCGCAUUACAGGAACAAAUUCACCAAACCAAAAGACACCUACAGGCAAAGAUCUUCAAAGACUCGCAGUAACCAGAACUAUGCCAAAUAGGGAAAAAAUUAAACCUGCACAAGUUACAAACUACAGCAGCAAGAGCUUCAAACCUCAACUUGAAGAUAUAAAGAGUUCACAUCUCGUGCUAACUAUGAAAAACAUAGAUCGCAAUAUAAAAAACUCCAAACCGAAUAAUACUAUUGUCACUUCUAUACCAAAACCACAGCCACUAAAUGAGGAACACAGAAAGGUCUUGCUACUGCAAACCAAGAAUAAAUUCAAAUCAAAACAAUUCUGGGAUGAUGCAAGAUACAAUAAAAUAGAGGGCCUUAAUUGGAUAUCCUGGAAAUGA